UGUUCUCUAUGACUUUCUCCUCCUUACAUAAAGAUCCCCUUCCCACUGCCACUCUCAGUUACACUUGAAGCUCAAAACAAUUUCUUGUUCCAAGUUUGUUUCAACACCAUUUCGUUUUUCGGGAAGAUGAGUAACUUGGAGACUCGGUCUUUGCUAGAUGAGUUUCGUAGCUUUGACAAGGGUGGCUUCUUCGACCUCGGCCACCCUCUCCUCAAUCGUAUUGUUGAGAGUUUCGUCAAAGCCGCUGGGAUAGGAGCAAUUCAGGCUGUGUCAAGGGACGCAUACUUCACAGCUAUUGAGGGUUCGGGACUUGAUUCAAGUGAUAUGUCAGAGUUAGGUGGUUCAAAGAAACACAGCUUUUCCAAUAUCAAAGGAGAAACCAACCGAAAAUCUCUUGAAGCCAUGGUGAAGAACACGGGAAAAGAAUCUUUACAGUGGGGACUGGCUGCUGGAGUAUAUUCUGGUCUCACAUAUGGGCUAAAGGAGGCUCGUGGAGUUCAUGAUUGGAAAAACAGUGCAAUGGCAGGAGCAAUAACAGGAGUGGCAUUGGCACUUACAUCAGAAGACCCUUCCCAUGAGCAGAUUGUGCAAUGCGCCAUUACCGGAGCUGCUAUUUCAAGUGCUGCAAAUCUUCUUACAGGGAUAUUUUAAGCUCAAAAUAGGAAAAUAAUGUGGCCUUUGUUGCCUUUAUUAUCUCUUUUUUUUUUUUUUUUGGGUAAAUGACAUUCUGCUACUUCCAUAAGAACAGUUUCUUUCUGGGAUUUUCGUCUUUAGAUGAUUGUAUUUAAUCAUCAUCAUCAUCAUCUUAAGAAACAUGAAGGUUUUGUCCCUUUUAUGGCCUCACCCGAUGCCUUAUUAUCCAAGAAGUUUGUUUUGUA